AUGGGUGAAUUACACCAAGAACCAUGGCAGACAGCCCAUCUCCAAACCCGUCCCAAAUCCUUCUCAACAGACAUCCUCAUCGUCGGCGGCGGUUUAGGCGGCGUCGCAGCAGCCCUCGGCGCUCUCAGACGAGGAAAACGCGUAUUUCUCACGGAAGAAUAUCAAUGGCUAGGUGGUCAGUUAACAAGCCAAGCCGUUCCUCCAGAUGAACACACCUGGGUUGAGCAAUUCGGCGUUACGCGCUCCUAUCGUGCUCUUAGAGAUGGUAUUAGAGAGUACUAUCGCGAUAAUUAUCCUUUGACGGAAAGCGCGAGGCGAAGACCGCAGCUUAAUCCUGGUGCUGGACAUGUUAGCAAGCUUUGUCAUGAGCCCAGGGUUGCGGUGGCUGUUAUUGAAGCUAUGCUUAUGCCGUUUAUUGGGAGUGGAUUGCUUACUGUCAAGAAACGUGUGAAGGCUGUUUCUUGUGAUAUGCUCGGGCAGGUUGUGCGAUCUGUUACGUUUAGGAAGUUGGACCUCGAGGGGAAGUUUACGGUUGAUGCAAAGUAUGUCAUUGAUGCAACAGAAUUGGGAGAUCUGUUACCUUUGACAAAGACUGCUUAUGUCACUGGUUUCGAAUCGAAGAAGGAUACUGGCGAACCGAGUGCACCCGAAGAAGCGCAACCUCAGAACUCACAAGCCGUGUCAAUCUGCUUCGCAGUGGACCAUAUCGAAGGCGAAGACAACACGAUUCCCAAACCUGAGAAGUACGACUACUGGCGCAAAUGCCACCCCGAUUUCUGGGGCGCGCCGCUCCUCGGUCUCAAAGCACCACAUCCUCGAACGCUGGAAAUCGUGGAGCGAGAAUUCACGCCUAAUCCCAACGAUGAUCCUGCGUCGGUCAUAUCUGAUCAGCGCAAGUCAGGCGGAGACAUGAAUCUCUGGACAUUCCGACGUAUCGCGGCAAAAGAUAACUUUACACCUGGCGCUUAUCAGUCUGAUAUUUGUCUUGUUAAUUGGCCUAUGAUCGAUUACUUUGAGAAGCCCAUCAUCGACGUGUCGGAAGAUGAACUACAGCAACGUUUGGCUGAAGCUGCGAGUUUGUCGUAUAGUAUGCUGUACUAUCUCCAGACAGACUGUCCAAGGGCAGAUGGCAAAGGAACAGGUUAUCCAGGUCUGAGACUGCGCGGCGACAUAACAGGCACAGAACACGGUCUCGCCAUGGCACCUUACGUCCGCGAAUCCAGACGCAUAAAAGCCCUAACGACAAUCACGGAACAAGAUCUCUCCCUCUCAGUCCGAGGGUCUCAAGGCGCAGUGCACUACCCCGACAGCGUCGGCGUAGGAAUGUACCGCAUCGACCUACACCCCUCCACAGGCGGCGACAACUACAUCGAUGUAGCAUGCUGUCCAUUCGAAAUUCCCCUCGGUGCAUUGAUACCAGUUGAAAGGCCGAAUUUGCUCGCUGGAUCGAAGAAUAUUGGGACCACGCAUAUUACUAAUGGAUGUUAUCGGUUGCAUCCUGUUGAGUGGAAUAUUGGUGAGGCGGCGGGGUUGUUGGCUGCUUUUUGUCUUGAGAGGGAUGUGGCGCCGCAUGAUGUGCAGGGAAAGAGUGAGGUUUUUGGGGAGUUUAGGGAUAUUAUUGUUAAGGAGGGUAUUGAGACGGAGUGGCCGGAUGUUUCUGGGUACUAG